AUGGGUGAAAACAACGCACAAAUUGGUGGUAUUCGCUUAGCUCAAUUUAUACAAAACAUCGAUGAUUAUACACCAACGAUACCCGAUGAUGUGACUACCUAUCACCUAAAUCGCGCUGGCUUUGAUACCACUGAUCCUCGUGUCAUUCGCUUAAUAUCUUUAACUAGCCAAAAAUUCGUAUCUGAUAUUGUUGGUGACGCUAUGCAGCAAUGUAAAAUGCGUAGUAGCAGCCAAAACAACAAAAAAGGCGCAAAGGAUAAGCAAUAUUGUUUGACUAUGGAGGAUUUGGCCGCUGCAGCUAAUGAAUAUGGCAUACACAUCAAGAAACCACACUACUUUAGUUGA